GCCUCGUUCUGACAGACAGGUGAACAGGACGGCGACGCCAUGUUUAGGAGAAAAGGAAGUGGAAUAUUCUGCUGUUAAAAAAACAUAUUUGGAUUUUAUUGUCGAAGGAGUGCAUGAAGGGAAUUAGAGAACUUUAAAAGUCAUCACUUACCUGGAACGCAUUUGAGCUGAGUCGGGCUUUUAUUUACGCGCCGUACAAGUUUCCGCCUCUUAACGGGACCCUUUAGUGCAAGUUUACAGUGACAGUGUCAAAUCACUUCACGGCGUCACAGUGUGAUCGUAAGUUAAUCAUCGUGAUCUGAAGAUGCCUUUGGCACAGUUCGCGGACCCCUGGCAGAAGUUACCCGUGGGCCAUUUGGUAAACGAGGAUGACUCCAUGUUAGAAGACGACGGUCCUGUUCAAGAUGAGGGCUUGGUCAAGGAGAUCAACAUCACUCACGUUGUCAAGGAGGGCUCUGAAAAAGCAGAUCCACGUCAGUUUGAGCUCUGUAAAGUACUGGGCCAGGGCUCUUUUGGCAAGGUAUUCCUUGUCAAGAAGAUAACAGGACCUGAUGGCGGACAGCUGUAUGCUAUGAAAGUGUUAAAGAAAGCCACUCUGAAAGUACGAGAUCGAGUGCGUACGAAGAUGGAGAGAGACAUCCUAGUUGAGGUCAACCAUCCUUUCAUUGUUAAACUGCACUAUGCAUUUCAGACAGAAGGUAAACUUUACCUUAUUCUGGACUUUCUCAGAGGAGGAGAUCUCUUUACUCGCCUCUCCAAAGAGGUUAUGUUUACAGAGGAGGAUGUUAAGUUCUAUCUUGCUGAGCUGGCUUUGGCUUUGGACCAUUUGCAUGGAUUGGGAAUCAUAUACAGAGAUCUCAAACCUGAAAAUAUUCUCUUGGAUGUGGAAGGACACAUUAAACUUACAGAUUUUGGCUUGAGUAAAGAGUCCGCAGACCAUGACAACAAGGCAUACUCGUUCUGUGGUACAGUGGAGUAUAUGGCACCAGAGGUAGUCAACCGCAGAGGCCAUACCCACAGUGCAGAUUGGUGGUCCUACGGCGUGCUAAUGUUCGAAAUGCUGACGGGAACCCUUCCAUUUCAAGGGAAAGACCGCAAGGAGACUAUGACAAUGAUCUUAAAGGCCAAGCUCGGCAUGCCUCAGUUUCUCAGCCUUGACGCCCAGUCUUUGCUCCGGAAUCUGUUCAAGCGCAAUCCUGGCAACCGCUUAGGAGCAGGACCUGAUGGAGUAGAAGAGAUCAAGAGGCAUUCAUUCUUUUCCACCAUUGACUGGAAUAAAUUAUUCAGGAGGGAAAUUCAUCCUCCCUUUAAGCCAGCCAUCGGGAGGCCAGACGACACAUUGUACUUUGACUCAGAGUUCACAGCCAAAACCCCACGAGACUCUCCAGGUGUCCCUCCAAGUGCUAAUGCUCAUCAGCUUUUCAGAGGGUUCAGUUUUGUUGCCACAGGAACAGAAGAGGAGAGCCAGCCGCCCAUUCAGAGCAACAUCAAUAUGAGCAGCAUACUGCAGCAACCCAACAGGAGUACAAUGCAGUUUACCGAUGUAUAUGAUGUUGGAGAAGACAUUGGCGUGGGCUCGUACUCCAUCUGCAAGCGCUGUGUGCAGAAGAGCGCAGGCAUGGAGUAUGCUGUUAAGAUUAUAAAUAAGGACAGGAGGGAUCCAACGGAGGAGGUUGAGAUACUCCUGCGAUACGGACAACAUCCAAACAUCAUCACCCUGAAAGAUGUGUAUGAUGAAGGGCAUUCGGUGUAUCUGGUCACAGAGCUGAUGAAAGGUGGAGAACUACUGGAUAAAAUCCUCAGACAGAAGUUUUUUUCGGAGAAAGAGGCCAGUGCUGUGCUCCACACCAUCACAAAGACUGUUGAGUACCUACAUGCCCAAGGGGUAGUACAUAGGGACCUGAAGCCCAGUAACAUUCUCUAUGUGGAUGAAUCGGGGAACCCGGAGUCCAUCAGGAUCUGUGAUUUUGGCUUCGCCAAACAGCUCAGAGCAGAAAAUGGACUGCUGAUGACACCGUGCUACACUGCUAACUUUGUCGCUCCAGAGGUCCUGAAGAAGCAAGGAUAUGAUGCAGCAUGUGAUAUCUGGAGUCUUGGAGUUCUUCUUUACACCAUGCUCGCAGGGUUCACCCCAUUUGCUAAUGGCACCAAUGACACACCAGAAGAGAUUCUGGCUCGGAUCGGCAGUGGGAAAUUCUCGUUGAAAGGUGGAUUCUGGAAUUCUGUAUCGAUUGAGGCAAAGGACCUGGUAUCAAAAAUGCUUCACGUUGACCCUCAUCAAAGAUUGACAGCUGCUCAGGUACUUCGUCACCCAUGGAUAAUCAACAAAGACAAACUGCCCAAAUUUCAACUCAACCGACAGGACGCCCCUCAUCUAGUCAAGGAGGCAAUGGCAGCCACCUAUUUAGCUCUAAACAGAAAUGUUCCUCCCGUACUGGAGCCGGUGGGUUGCUCCACACUAGCACAGCGCCGUGGUCUCAAAAAGUUGACCUCUACCGCCUUGUGACCACCCCAAUCUACCCAAAUAGCACAUAAGUGUUUGAGAUGUACAAUAGAGCUGUCAUCAUAUUAAAAUGGCAAACCAAAACCGAAAACGACACAUAUUUGUUCAGCUCACAAUUUAGAUUGUUUUGCAAAGCUCUUAGGAGAAUAUUUAAUCUAUGUAAUAUUGUUUUAAGAAAAUGCUUUAUAAAUUUUCUUUGUAUGGAAUUAUGUAUGAAUAUAAAAGUAUUUCUGGGAGUCUGUGUUGGAAAAUAAUGUGAGAUGAGAUUUUGGGAUACAGGUUAUUUUCAAUAUUGUGGUGGUGAUGUCGUUUAAAGAAUGCAUGAAACCAAACUUAUGGUUGAUCAUAGCUCUGUCCACUUCAUUUGCUGAAAAAUGUAUAUUUUUUUUAUAGGAAAGUGCUAUCUGUGUUGUCACUGUAUGCAACAUCAGGUGAUCUCUUUACAUUCUGCAGUGAUGCAACCUUUCGUGUAACUUCAAAGAAAUCUAUGCAAGUCUACUUAAAAUUCUUAGUAUACGUGAAUCAGAGAAUAUGACACUGACUAAGUAUUUCAUGUUAAUGUGGUGUUUUAUUGAGGCAGAAAGCUCCUGUCAUGCAUGUUGUUUGUGUCUUAAAGGGCAUUUGAUGUACAAAACAGAAAAUCCAUGUAGUGACCUCAUUUCUUAAAUCCUUAGACCAAAUACCCUUAAGAUAAAACAGUCCCUAAGAACCAUUAACAGACUCUUCAAAUGCUGUAUGUCUCAUAAUGGAUAUGCUAAGAUAUGUGGGAUCUGUAUGUGGAUGAUCAUAUACUAUAAAUGCAGUAUUUGCCAGGAAUUACCAAAAUACUGCUUUCUUUCUCUGAAUGAUUUGCAACACUCCUUUGUUUUAUUUUCUUCAAAGAAUUAAAGGGAAAUGUGCAGGCUGUAUUAAUCGAGACCGUUCUGUUUAAAGAGAUUAUUCAUAAUGUAUUAUUUUUGUACCUGGAUGAACUGUGUUUUCUAUAUUUUAUGUAUGUUUGUUUGCAAGCUCACAUUUUGGGUGAGAUUUAGUGUCAGGUUGUUCUCGUCUGUUAUUUUAGAGAUAUUUGUCUGGGUGUCUCUGCUUUUGGGUUGGUUCUGCUGGUAUUUAGCAAUAGCAGUGGAAGUACUCUGUUCUGACCUCUGUAAUGUCCCAUUUUGCGUUUUUUAAAGCACAUUAUGUUUCAUGGCACAUUUGUGCUUAAGAUUUUUUUAUAUGUUAAAAUCAAUUUGAUCAAAAUGCAAUGUUGUUAUAACCAAAAUAAAAUCUAUGAAUAAAUUCAA